AUGGCUGAAGAAGUUAGCGAAAAACCUAAAGUCGGGACUCCUCCACCACCCUAUACGCCACAACGGCCUCCUCCUCCUUACGCACUCCAAAACGCCGGCAUACUGGAGUCCAAAGAAGCACGAUGUGCUCGAGCUGCGCCCACACCGUUCACCCCGUUCUCGACGGUU